GGGGACGGGCCGGGGCGAUGUGGGGAGCGCUGGGGAGGCUCUUCGCGGCUCGGGCCUCGGGCCGCGGGAUCGCUCUGCACACCGUGCCCGCGGGUGUGGCCUGCUGAAGGGUUUCCUGAAGGGGCAGGGGUGACGUGGAGGAGGAUUGGAGGCCUGUGGGUGCCGGUUGUGUGGUGACCUGGGGCCUCCGUGCACCCCGUGGGCGGUGGGGCAGCAGCUGGGAAGCUCGCACCGCGCUGCUCAGGGGCACAGCCGCCCUCCUUUGCUCUUUUCAAGAGCUGCAGGAAUCUUCAACGUAGCCCACGUUACCAUGGCCACCCACUUCUCCAAGGAUCAGGAGGAGCGAAUCAAGUGUGUCAAGGGGGACCUUUUCUCAUGCCCCCAGACGGAUGCCUUGGCUCAUUGCAUCAGCGAGGACUGUCGCAUGGGGGCAGGCAUUGCUGUUCUUUUUAAGAAAAAGUUUGGAGGCGUUCAAGAGCUGUUGGAUCAACAAAAAAAGACUGGGGAGGUGGCAGUUCUCCAAAGAGAGGACCGAUACAUUUACUACCUGAUCACGAAGCAGAAAGUGUCUCACAAACCCACCUACGAGAACAUGCGGAAGAGUUUAGAAGCCAUGAAAGCUCAUUGCCUGAACAAUGGAGUUACUGACAUUUCCAUGCCCAAGAUUGGAUGUGGCCUUGACCGCCUGGAGUGGGAUAAAGUUUCAGGAAUACUUGAGGAAGUGUUUGAAGACACAGAUAUAAAGAUCACAGUUUACACCCUGUGAGCAGAGCCCCAUUUCCCUUGCUUUCAGGAGUGGAAACCUGUUAACUGAUGAGGGGGGAAACUGCAUGCUGAGCACAUCCUUCGUCUGAGCGUGGCUCACGCUGUGUUGGCAGUGGCUUUUAACAACAACCAAGAAAAAUAAAUGCUCCAAAGCAGCUAAUUUGGAAUGUGGUGAUCCAGGAGACUGUAAAGAAGGCAGGAGUGUUGUGGUAACCCAGUGGGAGUGCCCAGACUGUCCCAGGAAGCCACCAGAUGUCACUGGUCCUCCAUAGAGCACUUGCCUGCGCUAGAGCUGCUCCUUAGAGCUUGCAGCUCAUGGACAGAAUGAAAUUGGAGCUCCCUGUUGCUGAGGUGUGUGUUGGUUUGUAGUUGGGGUUGUUGAUGAGCUGUGGAGCCCUGUCACUUUUUUUGCUUUUCAGUUUUGCAAUGUUCAUAGCUGGCAUACAGUUCACUUACUCUCUUAGUUACAGGACUAAAAUUUUAAUUUCUAUUUUUUUGGCCAGAAAUACUGUUUUCUUGUUAUGUGAUUGUACUUGCUAAGAAUCAUGCUGUCAACCUUGAAUAAAUAGCUCUUCAGUAUUCUGCUGUCAGGCCAGAGCAUGGUCCUUCUGAAAAACAUAUCUGUUGUGUGUUGGGACUGUAUUCCAGGGGGAGGUUGUGUUCCAAAGGGAAGUGCUGGGGGUGUGUAAAGGCAGCUUGUUGGUGCAUUUUAUACCCUAUUAAUUCACACAGUUGGCAGAAUUCUGUUUGCUGAGAAUCCACUCCUGGGAAUGGCUGAUGUGUUGUAAAAAGUUACAAUCUGGAGUGUAAGGUUUUGGUUUUUGUGUUUCUGUUUCGUUGUUUAGCAGUUCCAUGUAUGUUGGUGUUUGUUGUCACCAAUAGGAAAAACAAAUCAGUAACGCCUUCAGUUUAUUAGGUAGUUGGUAAACAACCUUUGAAAGUUUGGUUGCAGUACUGUGUAACUGUUGUAUCCUUUGCAUUUCCUUUAUGUUUGCUUUUUCCCACCCUCCCAUAACAACAAGUGCUGGAAAAAUGCCAGAUAUGUUGAAUAAACCUAAAAGAUGAGACGUAACAGUUGGGAAGUUUUUGGUAUCACAUAAGGCUCCUGAUUGGUUUUUACUGUGAACUGAAUGGGUGGAGUGUUUUCUGUUCUAAGCACUGUGGUUUAAUCUGUCUUUGUGGUUUCUUUGCUGGUGCAGAUCUGGAAGUCCUGUUUGUGUCCUUAAGAGCUUGGUAUCAUUACUCUGUUUGUUGACCAUCCUUUAUAAACUUGUUUUUGGUGGAUAAUUGCUGUAUAUAAACACAGAACUGGAAAAAAAAAUAAACUUUGCAACACAACUAGGAGCUUGGAUUAUUGAGCUGAUCAAGAGUGGACAUCAAAGCUGUUAAUUGAUUUAGUCCUUACACUUACUUAUGUUUGGUUUUUGCAUCCAGUGGCAAAGAUAUUAAAUCUACAAGGGCUCAUUAAAGGUGUUCUCAUUGCU